CACCCACCCACACCCCAGACUAGACCAGACGUCGGACUGACUUGAGUGUCCCGCACCACGUACGUAGACCUGGCCACUAGCUGGCUCUUCGAGCGAUGGAUCCCUGCGUGGCGACAGACUCGCUGGACACCACGAACAAAGCCGGAGACGGGGAAAUGGCGGAGGCCAGAGGAAGAAGGAGAGAGAUUGGGCCAGGGAGAAGGCCAUGAGAGAGCUGCUGGCGACAACGAGAGGGCUCCUCCUCCACUUCCCUGGCUCCUGUCGCUUUAACAACAGCAGCUCUCGAGACGACGACGACUGGAAUACUUACGUGCGAGCAAAGAGGAGUGUGAGUGCCAGGUUCAACCAGGAGCUGAGUUUCACUGAGGGAGACGUGAUUCGUGUGCUGGUGAGUGCGGAGGACAUGUGGAGCCGGGGGAUGUGGUGGCCGGGUGAACUGCGGGGGAAGAAGGGACUGUUUGCCACCGAACACAUCGAGUCUUUCAACCAAGACAACUACGACUUUCUCAGUGAGUUUCUGGAGGACAAUUUCAGGGGAGAAGAGCUGACUCAGCUCAAGAGGCUGGCAGUGAGACAAGUGGAGAGUGUACCAGAUCCUGCAGGAAUGCUGUGGGAGUGUAUCCAAUGUCCUCAGCUGACGGAGCUUGAUCUGAAGGGUUGUCAUCUCGUUGAGCUCUGCGAUGAACUGCAGUUCUGGGCGGUGCCCAACCUGGCAGUCCUCAACCUGACCAACACACAGCUCCCCUACCUCCCUGCCUCAGUGGGGAGACUCAAACAACUCACCACCCUCCUUCUCUCGGGCAACGCCCUCACCACCCUCCCAUCCACCCUCUCCUUCUGCUCCUCUCUCUCCACCCUCGACCUCCAGAACAACAACUUCUCCAUACUCCCUGCCGUCAUCUUCCGCAUCGAGUCCCUCUCACUCCUCCGUCGCCACGGCAAUUACGACAUGCGCGGGGUCAUCGCCGAGCUCUCGGCGUCGACUCGUCGCGAGCGCUACGUGACGGUCGUACAGGAGAGGAUGCCCCUGCUAUCGAGCUGCGUUAGACAACGGCGCGUGGUCCCUCUAAAGUUGCUGGCGGUGCGAGCUGUCAUGACUGAGAGACUGGACUACUGGGCCAAUAGGGAGGUGGCGCCUGCACUGUGCCGCGUGCUGGACAUCUCUCAAACUGAGUACAAGAUAUGUGACAACUGCUGCUCUGCUCAACCACUGGACGUGACCGGGUUCCGGAUCAGAUGGCUUGUGGAGAGCUACCUCGGUCUCCGACAUGUCCCCUUUCGAGCACUUUGCCUGCAGUCCCGAGUGUGCCCGCAGCCUCAACGACUCCUUCCAGACAAUACAGGCACGGCUGAAGAAGGAACACGACGAGGCUUAUCAGAGCAUGCUGGACCAGCACGCCGCCGAGUCUGGGGGCGGAGCUCCCGGGGGAGGGAAGAGCAAUCGACGGCAGAGGGGGAGGGGGUGGAGCUUCCUGGGUGGGCGGUCCGGGAAGCAGCUGGAGAUACGGGAAAUGUGGUGCACAGAGUGGGCGACCUCAUCGUCAUCAGGGAGAGGGGGAUUUCCGGGGUACUCCCAGUCCCAACACGUCCUCCGUCACCAUGCCAACCACUCCAGUCGUCACGGUAACCACAGAGGGAGAAAUAGCAGCAGAAACAAUUGCAGUAUCAUGUGACGUCAUUUCAUUUCUUUUUUUGUGCAGCAUCAUUUCAUCGUUCCCUUCUUUCCCC